AUGGGAUUCUUUCUCACUCUCGGGCGGCUGGUUGGUUCGAAGGUGCACGAGAAUCAAACUCCCAUCGACGCCGAGCGGACAAAAAGAGUGGGCGAGUUUUUUGAUACACGUGGGCCAUCAUCCAGCCGCUACCGAAUUCGACGCAAGAUCCUGACUCUGGAGAAGAGGCGCAAGACCGUGAAGGAGCGCAAGGAGCGCUUCAAGCUCACUGUGAAGGCCAAGAAAGUUAAGUACGCCCAAGCCAAGAACAAAACGACGUCCAACCAGCAAGUCCUAGAAGACUUGGAAGCCAAGGUUGCUGCAGCAAAGUCCGCGGUUGAUGCUGCCAAGCGCAAGGAAGAUGAGGCUGGUGAUGACGUUGACCACGAUGUGGCGGUCUUGGUUGAUCUAGAAGCGCAGGAGAAGAAGAUCUUCGAAGAAUUAGUGGAGGCCGAGAACGACAUGAAAAUUCUCGAUGAAAUCGAAGUGUGUCACCAGAAUCCACAAGGCAAGGCCAAGCUCCCUCUUGCGGGCGAACGGUCUCUCGAAGAAUUGCGCGGAGCUGUGUGGGAAUAUGUUCCCAGCUUCGAGUCUUUGUGCAGUGAAAUUGAUUGCCCCAUCGACACUCUAAAGAAGGUUCUGAACUUUCUGUCCUUGAAUGGUGUGGGCGGCGCACUCAUCACUCCGCGGACUAGUGACAAUGUUGUCCUCCUCCGCAGGCAACUGGCCGAAAUCUUGUUCCCCGAAUUUCGCCCCCCUCGCGAACCCAGUCUUUCACCCGAGUCCAAGUUGAAGGCCAUGGCUGCGGAAUUGUACGAUGAUGCUGAUGCAAUUGAUAAGAGUAUUGAGGGUGAUCGCCAAGCCAAGCGCAAGAUUAGGGUCGCCACCAGUGCCCCACCCCGCAAGAAGCCGAAGUUUUCAUCAGAGGUCUUGGAAGAACUUGAGGCAAGGUUGUCCCCCGAAACCUUAGCCGCCUUGGGGUUGGCCACUGGAAAGGACGCUGAAGACAAACCAUUCUUUGCUUCUGCUGAAGACAAACCGUCCUCUGCGUCCGCUGAAGAUGGACCGUCCUCUGCUUCCGCUGCCCAGGAAGAGGAAACGGAAGCGUGUGAGACCUAGCAACCAUCAUGUACCCACCAAGACACCGAGCGAUCGCGAGCAGUGGGCUCGCCGCUGCUGACUUUGUGAUUUGUGUUCAUAUUUUCUUCUUUCUCUUAGGUUUUCUUUCUGUCUCUCUGUGGUUGAGAGCUAUUCCCCUUCUCCAGGACUACUGGUAGUCUGGUGUGGAAUUAUCCAUAUGGGAUUUUGGAUUAUUCACUGCAACUGUGGAUGCAAUUUUGGGCAUCCACCUUCAUGUUAUUCAGGUUUUCUUUCUGAAUGCUCUCUGUGGUUGAGAGCUAUUCCCCUUCUCCAGGACUAGCCUGGUGUGGAAUUAUCCAUAUGGGAUUUUGGAUUAUUCACUGCAACUGUGGAUGCAAUUUGGGGCAUCCUCCUCCAUGUUAUUUAGGUUUUCUUUCUGAAUGCUC